AUGGCUGCUAGAGUGUUGCUACAACGGCGCGCCGCGCCGUUGGCAGCGACGGUUAUGCUGGGAGGAUUCGCCCUGGCCCCCCGAACUGCCCACGCUGAAGCUCCCGAGAGCAGCCAGGUACGUACGGAGUCGGCGGAGAACAUUGGGAUAUCCCGCGUAUUGACCUCGACGCAGCCCAAGAAGCCCAUCUACGACGACUUGGAGCUCCCCGCGACGAGCGGAACCCUUCCUCCUCCGAUCCCCCGGGCCGAGCAGCCUCCUCCGGCCGAAGAACCCAAGACCCGAGGACCUACGCCCACCGACCGUCUCGCCGUCCAGAUCGGAAAGGCGCGUCUGGCCCUCUACCAAUACGCCGUCGGCGCUGAGGAUGCCGUCAACCAGACGAUGGACAAGGCCUUCAACCUUGAGCAGUCCUUCACCAGCACCAUCGCGUCCCUUGCGCCUCCCCGCGAGAGCGGCGAGAAGCUGAUGCCCGGCGCCAUCUACGUUCUAGUCGCCGCCAUGGCCGGCAGCAUCGUCACGCGCAACCGCAGCAUCAUCCUGCGUGCCACCGCUCCCCUGGCCCUCGGCAUCACCGCCGGCUGGACCGUUCUGCCCAUCACCAUGGGCAACGUCUCCAACCUCGCGUGGAAGUAUGAGCAGCGCUUCCCCGUCGUCGCCCAGGGCCACCUCAAGCUCCGCGAUAGCAUCGAGAACAGCUUGCGGAUGGCGAGGCUCCACAGCGAGAUUGGUGUACGAUAUGUCGACGAGAAGGUCACGGACGCCCGGGAAACCGUCGAGGACUGGGUGAAGAAGGGCAAAUAA